GCAGGAGGAGGCAUUCUUGGUGAACUUAGCUCCUUAACCCAAUUGCAACAACUUGAUUUUAGGAGUGUCUGAGGAUCAUAGCACUGAGCUAUUUCCAGCCAUUACGAAGAUGGAAAAUCUUAUCUCCUUGUCGCUACAAGCAGAGGAAUACUUUCCCGAUUCAUUUCUGCCAGAUUUGGGAUCAUUUUCCCCUCCACCUUCUAUUCAAGAUCUCAGAUUAUAUGGUCGCCUUUUUGAAAUGCCUGUUUGGCUUACCUCCAUGGAAAACCUCACUAUGUUAUAUUUAGGUUAUUCCGACCUCUUAGAGAACCAAGCCCGUACUCUUCAAUUUCUUCCCAAGUUAAAGCUUCUUUUUAUGCGGAAUGCUUAUAAAGUAAGGUGCAUUGGCAAAGAGUUCUGUGAGGCAAGUGGGUUUCCAAAGCUUGAAUCUCUUGAGAUAUCAGAGGAUUUGCUAGUGGAGUGGACAGAUAUAGUCAAUGGAGCUUUUCCAAGUCUAAGACGUCUUGCAUUCACCUACUGUUGGAACUUGAGGUUUCUUCCUGAAGGCUUACAGAAUAUUUUUACUCUUGAAGAAUUGGUUUUGCUCCGUGCACAUAGAGACCUUGGAAGGCGAUUAUUGGGUGAAGAGAAUUACAAGAUCAAGCAUAUUUCAAAAGUCCAUAUUUGGUAAAACUUAAAAAGUGAUAUACAGAUCUCAUUAGUAUAAUUAGUAACAACCCCCUUUCUCAGUACUUCACAAAUCUCAAUGUUUGAAAUGAAUAUUAUAAAGUCGUCUGUUUUUAAUAUUUUAAAACGACAGAGAUUUUGAAAUUGAUUCUUCUGAA